CUCCCAGCCUGGCCACCUACAACCACUUACUGCACAUGAACGUUCACGGCUUCCUUAAGAUCCAAGUCUUACGGAAUCUGUUGUUAGAGCUGGAAGGAUGCAGCUUCACCUGUCGAGACCCUGGUGAUAAUCUGUUCUUUGGCACUGCCAUGAAGGCAUGUUUGAUCAAUAACGAUUUGGAGUUGGGUUAUAAAGUUCAUUCUCUGUUGGAAGUUGGAGAGAACUGGAGGCUGCUGGGAGCUGCCAACAAACAAGCAUAUUACUACAAUUGCUUCUUACGCCUGCUGUGCCAGAUGGAGAACAUUGAUGUGGUGCUGAAGUGGUACAAAAAGCUGGUCCCCUCGAUGUUUUACCCCCACCCUGAGAAUAUGAUGGGCAUGCUGCAGACUCUGGACACAGAGAACCGCCUGGACCUGCUGCCCAUGAUAUGGAAAGACAUGAAGACAUUUGGUCAUAUUUAUCCGGAUUUGGUGGAGGAGCUGCUCAGUCUCAUGGCCAGAGAUAAACACAAUCCUAAGGUUCAGGAGUCGUUCGCUGCCUGUGCUCUGGAUGUGAAACAAACGUUUUCAGAGAAGGGCAUAGAGUGGAAGUCCUCCUACCUGUCACACGUCAGCACUGUGCUGCUGAGAGCCAACCAGUGUGAGGAGGCCUGGGAGAUGCUGCUGAUCUUCAAAGAGAAAAACCUGGUUCCUUCUGAAGCUGUGCUGAACAGCUUCCUGUCAGAGUGUCAGAGCAGCAUUGGUCCUGACAGAGCAGUGGAGCUGGUGCAGCUGUCUGCAGCCUUCUGCCUGCCUGCAACAAGUGAGCUGGCAUCAAGAGUGCUGGUUGACUUUAAUCUGACCGAGAGCCAGAG